AUGGCGAGACCUUUUGAGAUGAUAAGCGACAUAAACGACCGUAAGGAGUUGUGGAAGAUUGUUAUUAAAAUGCAUCAUAAAUGGAUGGUAACGACGGCUUCAGAGGAGUAUUUUGAGAUGGUUGUCUUCGACAAACAUGGCCAUGACAUACAUGUAGUUGUUCCAACUGUCUUCAAGCAAACUUUUGACUCAAUAUUGUCGGUUAAUGUGACAUGCACGAUGUCUACCUUUCAAAUUCAACCUAAUGAUUUGAUGUUCAAACAUACAAACCACAAGUUUCUUCUGAAAUUCACGGGUGGUACAACUGUAGGAGAUAUUGGCAAACACAAAAUCUAUGAUAAGAUUAGCAGCUUAACCCCUUUUGCUGAUCUAAUAUCUGGGAAAUGGCAAAGGAAUGUUCUUUGUGAUGGUAUUGGUGUCGUUGACGAGGUAAGCUACACACAAUCGCACAUGGGAGGGAAAAAACCUCAGGUCAACUUGGUGUUGCAUGAUUUGGGAGGCAACAUUUUAAAUUAUACAUUAUGGGAAGCCUAUGUAAUGGAGUUCUUAGAGUACCAACAAAAACAGGUUGAUUCCACCAAACCAAUUGUCAUUAUCCUCAGGUAUGCUAAAGUGAAGGAACAAGGUAAAUUUCCCCCUGCAGUGACAAACACCUACAACGUUACAAAACUACAAAUAAACGAAGAUAUAACUGACAUCAAUGAAUUUAUAAAACGGUACACACCCAAUUACAAGCUUUUAGCAUCAGAACAUGGUUUGUGUUACACAACAUGUCAUCAAUGUCCUCAGGUUGCUAAAGGCAAGAGACCUUCUUUUUUCUACCGGGUUGGACACCAAAGUGAAGCGGAAAUUUGGAGGUAUAAGAUUUUCAUUGAAGUAGUUCAUGAAGGUAACACUGCAAAAUUUGUGUUAUGGGAUCGCGAGGCGGCCGAGCUGUUGGAUACUUCUGCUGCACAAAUGCAAGCAACCAUGAUACAUGUUAGAAUAACCGACCCACUUGAGUUUCCUCUUUCCCUUGAUUCAAUGUUGGGUAAAAAAUUUGCAUUCAAGGUUAAGUGGGACCCGAGAUGGAAAAGCUCAUCCAUUGUCCUGUUUAUUAAGGAUAAUCAUCUCAUUGCUAUGCUUGAAGGACCUAUAGCAAUAAAUCAGGAAGGUGAAAUUACAUCUCCCCAUGUUCCUGAUCCCGCUAACCCUAAAUCUAAUGUGAAGAGGAUGUCUCCAGAUGGUUCUAUCGAUUCUUUUGUCAACCUUAUCGCCGAAGGGGAUCUAUCUUCAACUAAAGUGAAGAAAGUGACCAAACAGGGAAAGAAAACCGCUGUCUGA